GCCUUGGCCGUCGACGACCAUUGACCAAUUUCACUACCCAUGACGACCACUGUCUUCUCCGACGCCGGCUCCGAAACAUCACCGUUGCUCGCAGCGGCGACGCGUCGCGCACGCGGGUUCAAGUACCUCCGCUACGCAACAGCGGGUCUUAUUGUCGUCUUCCUCGCAGCCUACGUGGUCUUGUACUUUGUCAUUUCGCCGAUGGGGGCCGUCCGCAUCUACAAGGACAUGACCGUGCGAGGCUUGGCGUAUGUUCAUGUGGCGUCGGGGUCGCUCUGGCUCAUUGCGUCGACGCUGCAACUGUUUCCGGGGUUUCGCACCGCCAGCUUUGCCCGACACCGCAGCGUCGGGUACGUGGCCAUUGGUGCGUGUGGCGUCUCGUUUAUCGCGGUCUGGGCCAUGUUCUUUGUCGCUGGUCCGUCGCUUGAGGGGGGCCUUGGCAUCCUCCUCUCGUCUGUCGUCUUUUCUCUCGUGUGGGUUCACUCGCUGUACCAAGGCGUCCGCGCCAUUCAGCGCGGCCAAGUCGAGCUGCACCGCUACUACAUGCUGCGCGCCUAUGGUAUUGCGGGUGCGAUCAUCGCGAUGCGCCCGGGGCUCAUCCUUCUACAAAGCUUCUUCUCGACGCAGACCGAGGACGACACACGAUUGCGCCUUGGUAUCGUCUCGUGGGCGGUGUGGGCCCUUGCUUACAUGGCCAUCGAAGCGUAUGCAACGACGUCGGCGUCGUUUGCGUCGCGCUCACGCACGUCCUUCGAGCCGUGCACCGUCGUAUCAAGGAAGCUUGUCUCGCCCGACAUGGCGCUGCUUAUUCUCGAGUCGCCCACGCACCAUGUCCUCGCCCAUGCUACGCCCGGUCACCACGCUGCCCUGCGCAUCGCCGGCGCCACCCGGUCGUAUACGCCUGUACCUCUUGGGCUUGUCGCCAAGGACAUGCAGUGCCCACAUCGUAUCGGGUUGCUGGUCAAAAAAGUACCGAAUGGCAAAGUAAGUACGUUGCUCCACGACUGCGCGAUCGGCAGCUCCGUCGACGUCCUGUUGCCCGUUCCAAGCUGCAUCACUUUGAUGCCCGAGACACACGCAGAGCUUGUCUUGGUCGCGGGUGGCUCGGGCUUUUCAACGAUGCUGUCGCUGCUGCAAAGUGCCAUCGACGACCUGCGCUACAAGACCAUUCACCUGUUUGUCUAUACAACGGCGGGGACCCCGUUCAAGGACGAGCUGGACGCGCUGGCGUCACCGCUGCGCAUCGUGACGCACUUUAGCAACGACCGCCCGACGGCAUUCGACUUUCGCGCCGUGGAUCCGAGUCGCGCCAUCGUUGCCGUGUGCGGUCCCCUGGGUUUUAUGGAGCUUGUGAUGGCGAGCUUCCCGGCGACGCCACGCGUCAACGUGCACGCGUUUGGUCUUGACGACCGGUAA